ACACAUCUCACUGUUAGUACAUGCCCUGCAGUCAACUCGCUUAGUUGUAGCAGCCACAUUACUUGGACCUGUUCACAUGCAGCCUGUCGCCACUCGAUUCAUCCCGCUUUCGGACGAGAAGAUAUCCGCCAAAAAGGAUCCUGAAGCGCGGGUCGGCGUGCAUGCUUCGACGUGACUGGACAUCUCCAGCUCGGCAAUCAUCGUGCCAGCGCAUACGAGAGGAACUCGACCACAUUGGUGAUACCUGCUAUAUAUCUGGGCUUUCUGCUGGGCUCAGGUUGUGGCUAAGCUUCUCGUAUUUGCACGUAGAAUAUAGUAUCACACCAUUCCGUUGUGCUCCACUCAAAAUAGAACUAGAGUGGAACGGACUGCGGACGACGGGCCAGAGAUGGACGCUCCGCCACGAAGAACUUCCAUCUUUCAGGAACACUUUGACAUUGAAUUGACUGCUCUGGACGCUACCGAGGCGAACAUACAAUCACCACGACGUCGUGUGGGCAAACAAGACGACGUGUAUGUCGAAAAGCAACACUCCUACAACAAUGCCCUUCCGACAAUAGGUGAAGUUCCUCGCCACCGCAGGAAGAAAUCUCGUCUCGAGCACAGCCGGGCGACGCCCACGCCAACCCUCACUCCAGCACAAACGCAGUCCCCGCUGCCUGUACGCAAUUCCUCGAAUAUGAUGCGCCUGGGAGUCUUUGCUUUUCUGCUGGUCGCCCUGCUGCCUCUUCUACACAGCACCUCUUUCUUCGGCUACGCCUCGUUUCUACAACCGGUCCGUGGAAGCGUCAUACCCCCGAGAAGGAAUGAUGCCCCGACUCUCGACCGACGAGCAGAUAGUCCCACCGACGUCUGCUUUAGAUGGGCCCAGCAAUCCGCCGUGAAUAACGGGACUCUAUACCUCUAUGGAGGGCAAGCGACCACUUCAUCCACUCAGGACAGCAACGCUUGGAAUAACAACUUUCUCUCACUGGACUUGACCAAGACUUGGCAAAUCGCAUCGCCUGCGUUGACUGGACUACCACAACCUUCCGGACCUCCCAACGUCAGUCUCGGAUAUCUGUGGAACUCCCGCAGUUCGUUAUUCUUGUACGGAGGACAAUACUCAUGGAAGCCCGCGGUGUCGCCCACCGCCUAUUCGACAUGGGAGUAUGCUAUCGCAGACGACAAGUGGAUCGAACAUCGCCAGCCCGUCACUUCCAAGGGCACCAGUGCGCCCAGUGAUGGAACCGCGGUGCAGCGAGCUGCAGAGGGAGCCGGUGUCAACGUGCCCUCGUUAGGCCGCGGCUUCUAUUUCGGCGGGCAUUUGGAUGGCUACACGACCGAAGGAUGGUCACAAUCCGUGCCGCGACUGUAUCUGCGAUCACUCCUCGAGUUUACUUUUCCUGGCGUCACCAACGACCAGGUCGAAUCACUGUCGAAUAAUGGCGUUGCGGGUUCCAAUGGCGUAUACCGCAAUGUGACCGACGGAGGCCAGCAAGCCGAUGUGGGCUUCACGCAACGUGCGGAUGGACUACUGAUUUACGUGCCUGGGUUUGGCGAUCAAGGCAUUCUCCUUGCCAUUGCAGGCGGCACGAAUGAGUCCUUCACGCAGAUGAACCAACUCGACGUCUACGAUAUCGCGACCAGCUCAUGGUACAUCCAAUCGACCUCAGGACCCACACCGGAGAUUCGUGUCAAUCCCUGCGCUGUAAUUGCAGCAGCACCGGACGGGACAUCAUACAACAUCUACAUGUUUGGUGGACAAAAUCUCAUUCCUGCAGGGAAUCAGACACAAUUCAACGACAUGUGGAUCUUGACCCUUCCAUCCUUCACCUGGAUCCCGGUGGACAUGGACGGACAAAGUGUACCAUAUGGCCGAUCAGGACACACGUGUAAUGUCUGGGAUGCCCAAAUGGUCAUGGUCGGAGGCUACGUCGGAGCAGGCACAUUAACCUGCGAAAGACCCGGAAUCUACGUAUUCGACCUGAGCGCUCUCGAAUGGGUGAAUCAAUUCACCGCACUAUCUAGUACAAAUGUGGAUAACAACGACAGCAAUAACAAAAACACAGACACAAACACCAAAGCCAACGAAGACAACAACAGCGAAUCCAAUCCCCCCAACCCCUUUAACCAACAACCCGCCCAAAUCUCCUCUUCUUCUUCCUCCUCCCCCGGCGGCGGUCUCGAAGGUUCCUACGGCUACAAAGUCCCCCAAGCCAUCAUCGCCAUCAUCGGCGGCGACUCAACCGGCAAAGCAACCCUAACCACACCCA